CUGCAAGAAUAUCAGAUGAGGUCCGGCUGUGCCAUGCGGACUUGAAGCCCCCCCUGCAGUAGAAUGGGUUUGACGCUCUGACACACUCACACACACACACACACACACACACACACACACACACACGCACACACAUACUCUCACACACACGGGCACCACGCUGACCAGCAGACAACUGGUGCUCCCUGGUUUCCUAGGACAGGCUGAUCUGAGAGACAGAUGGAAGACAAACGAGGAAAAGGAGAGAAGGAUGGAUACUAGGAAGGGAAGGAUGAAAAGAGAGAAGGCUGUGUGACAAGGGAUCAGAGGGAGGAGAGGAAACCGUAGCUCGAGCAGAUCUGGUGAGGUGAGAGGAAGGUAGGACAGAAGAAGGAUGAUGCGAGGGGAUCAUGGUGAAUACCAACGUCAGUACCACACACUGGGCAACGCAGCCCGCCGCUUCUCCAACCCAGACGUCGAGGCAAUGGCCAAGCUGCAUGCAGGGGACGCUGAGAGACAGCGGGGCAAAUACCCACCUCAGCAUGCGGCUACGCUCGUCAGUGCCAACUGUUCUCGCCAGCAGCAACCACAUUACUGGAGCUUUAAGGCAAGGACUCCGCGUGCCAGCGGUGGAGGUCAUCACUCUCUUGCCGAUCAGGGUGGCGGACGGUCUUUAUACGCCUCGGCAGAGAAUCUAGAGACCAUGGGUGACGCUGAUCUCGCUCUUGGCUUCAGCCGCUCCAACCGCCUCAGACAGAGCCUGCCGCUUGCUCGAUCCCCCAGCCAGAACAAGCUCCGCCCACCAGGUGUUUUGUUCCUUCAGUUUGGCGAUGAGACACGGCGUGUUCACCUCAGUCAUGAGCUGAGCAGCAUGGAGACUCUGCACGCGCUGAUUGUGCAUGUGUUCCCUCAGCAGCUGAACAUGAGUGCACUCCGCUCGCCCGCCACCGCCAUCCUCAUCAAAGACGAGGCACGCAACGUCUUCUACGAGCUGGAUGACCCUCGCCGGAUCCACGACCGCUGCAUCCUCAAGAUCUACUGCCGAGACACCGCAUACAACACUCACCACCAUGCGCACCAUGGCCACGUCACCAAUGGAGACCUGCGGAGGGAGCUAGCGUACACCUCACGUGAAUCUUCUCCGACUCGCCGCUUGAACGCCCACCCUUCAUCCUCCUCUCCGUCGGCCUCCCCGUCUCGCCCACACUCCCGCCUUUCUUAUGCAUCUGUCCGGCCUUCCUCAUAUGCUGGUCCACCCCCGUCCCCUCAGCCCCACCCUUACCAGCACCAGAACCCCAACCACCCUGCCUUCUGCCCCUCCCCCAGUGCCAUCCUGGAGCGACGUGAUGUCAGACCAGACGAGGAGGCGCCAGCAUCACCGUCAAAGAGUGUGGUGCUCCUGAAGAAUGAGGCGGCGUAUGCUGAUCCGUACGCACUCAUCCAUGGUGUGGCUUCACCCCAAGCGCUCGCUUUCCGACGUGGCUCACUGCGGUCCCUGAGCCCCUAUUCAGCUGCUGCUCUGCAUUGUGAGCUUGACGCAGCCCUCUACAGGCCUGGAGGACCACUCUAUGCUGAGCCUUACGGCCCAAUGGGCUUCCGAACUAUGCCACCUGCAUCACCGCAGAAGCUGGAGCCGUACAGGGGUCACUCGGGUAGGGGAUCACCGGGAAGGCAGGGUUUCCGAAAAGAUGGAACUGUGUACGUAGAGAGUCAUAAAGCGCGAGUCGGAGGCCCUAUGCUGGACCAGAUGUGUGUGAUGGGUGGAGCAGGAGGUGAGGGAGUGGCACUGGCGGGAUACGAAACCGAGACAAGGGAGCGAAUGGAGGCCAUGGAGAAGCAGAUCGCCAGUUUGACCGGUCUGGUCCAGAGUGUUCUUACCCGAGGCCCUGACAGUCCCGACAAGGCAGAAACAGCAAGUGACUGCUCAGCACCUGAGACUGGCAGGUCUAGAAAAGGAAAAGCCACGACUCCCUCGGCUCCUCUGGCCCUGAUGCCACCACCACCCACUGGAACAUCUCAGCCGAUUACAAUGUCUCGCUCGCAAAUGCAGCUGCAUCUCAGUGACUUGCAACGGAGUACAUUGGAGCUACGCAAGCAGCUGUCACAGUUACGCAAAAUACAGAUGCAGAAUCAGGACUCGGUGCACACUUUGCUGAGGCAAGCGGAAGCCGAUUUGGGUCUUUGUCUGAUUGAAGCAUCUCGGACACAGGAAGAUCCUCUACAACGCCAGCGCCUCCUUGUGGAGGAAGAAAGACUGCGCUAUCUAAAUGAAGAGGAACUGAUUAUACAGCAGCUACAUGAUCUGGAACGUUCAGUGGAGGAAAUGAAGACAGGGGCAGGGUUAAACCAUCGCUUGGUGACAGAACAGGAAGUAGAACAGAAAAGUCAAGAGCUCCGGAGGCUUGGAGAGACAUUGACCAAACUUAAGAAUCAAUUCCCAACGCUGCAAAGUAAAAUGCGUGUGGUGCUGCGAGUAGAGGUCGAGGCAGUGAAGUUUCUGAAGGAGGAACCACUGAGGCUUGAUGCUUUACUGAAACGCUGCAGAAACAUCACAGAUUCACUCACACUACUGAGGAGGCAGGUGUCAGAAGGCCUAUGGAAGACUCCGGAAGACAUCAGCAGCUCCAGUGAUAUAGACUUUACAAAGUGCUGUGAUCUGGACAUCCUAACCAGCCCUUCUCUUACCAGUCUACCUGACUUCACAGGCACUUUAACAGGCACUAACAGUCUGUCAGGAUCCUUGACGACCAACUCUGCCAGCAUAGGCUCUGGUGCCAGUCUGUCUAGUGCUCUUGGCACCAGUCUGGGCUCGAGUCUGAGUGGCGCUACUGGUUUAGCAGGUACUACCACUCUUGGGAACUGGCUGGCAAGCACAGGAGUUGUGGACAGCAGCAUGCCUGAGCAGGAUGGCACCUCAGCAGGAGCACCGAAGAGCCGUGGCAUUGAGGAUCUGCCUACACGGAGAGAAACGGACAAAGGAGUGUCCGUGGAAGUCCGUCUGGCAGCAGAGCGUGAUUGGGAAGAAAAGCGGGCAAGUUUAACCCAGUUUAGUGCCCAGGACAUAAAUCGUCUCUUGGAGGAAACACAAGCAGAACUGAUGAAGGCCAUCCCUGAUCUGGAUUUUGCUGCAAAGCAGAUCACCAAACCUGCUGUGCCCCCAAAACCACAGCUCUCCUCUCUACCCAAACCUGCCUCACCAUCCUCCACACCGAGCUGUACACCUGAACACCAACCAGGAAAGCCGCCACCUAAACCAGCUGGCAAGGAUGGCAUUCAACGAAGAGAAUCAGGGGAGUUGACAGUUCCACGGUACCGAACAGAGAAACCGUCCAAGUCUCCACCACCUCCACCGCCACGCCGCAGUUUCCCAUCAGGGCACAGGCUCACGACCAACAGCAGUGGCGAGGUUGUCAUUGUUAACAAGAGUGUUAAUAAACCUGAAAAGAAUGAAAACUGUGAGGAGUCAGAUGUACAAAUCCAGUCUCAGACUCCACCUGUUAAACUUAGACGACCUUCGACCUCUGAUGGGCCCCGACCCUCCUCCACGCCACCAGUUAUUGCUGCUUCUGGGAUGAAGGAGGAUGAGGAUGAGGAGGAGAAGAUCAUGGCAGAGCUUGAGAUCUUCCAGCCAGCACUGGUAAGGCCCAUCACCCCCAAAGUCCAUCAACUUCCACAGUCCACCAGUCCCGAGAGCAGCGCUCCCAGUUUGGGUCAGUGGACAUGCAGCAGUUUGUGGUUAGAGAAUGCAGGCACUCCUCCAGCGUCGGCUAAGACGGUGUCUUUGUCGUCGACGUCAUCGUCAUCAUCGUCUCGCUUGAAGCAGCUGCAGCAGAGCAGUUUGGAGCGGAAAAACAGGAAGCAGCGUGAGCAGCAGGGCCAGCAGCAGGCAUAACCAAAUGCUGUGCUUCAUGCCCCAAAGAAAGGAAAAGAUACAGAUUAUGCCCUACUCUCCUUCAAAUAGGGUUUAGGACCUUAAACUUAAAAUUUUUUUAACCUAUCCUACUGAAGUAUAGGUCUGAAAUAAAGAUUUGCUCUUUUUUCCUGAGGCAUAACCCUUUUUGCAAACCAAUUCCCGUGACCCUUUCUGGCCAAUCACAGCCUCUUUCUCUCCUUACUGGCAUGUUGCCAUUAAUUUCAGCCAAUCACUGUCCUUCGCUCUGUCCUCCCCUGAGAUCUGAUCCUAUCCAAGGUGAUUAGACCAUGAAGGUGAACCGUGAGGACGACGCAUGCACCGGACCCUGAGUAGGACACUGAACGGCAGGCUUGCACAUGUUAUAUCUAAUACAUUAGGGUAAGUUAGAGUAAUUAAUGUAAUAAUGUAUCACUGUAUGUACAGUAAAAUAACAUCAACAUCAGCACCAUGGGAUAUUUAACCUGUAGCCCAUACACAGGUGUUAAGUGAGCAAAUGUAAUUAAUAUAUUGAGAUCAAUUACUGGGAAAACUGGCAUCUCACAAGCGAAAAGGUUUAGCGACAAAUGAAAUUUAUUUUUUAAUAAAAAUUUAGCUUCUUUAGUUCUGCACUGGAGCUAAAAGUCUAUAUAUAUAGUUAACAUAAUAAUAAUAAUAAGCUAAUAUAAUAUAACUAACCAGCACUAGAAGUGUAUCUCACCCCAAAAUCUUUUUGAUAAAUAAAUACCAGACUCUUCCUAUACUUAAUUCUACAUUAUUAAACUAUGUAAUGGCAUCAUCACGUAGCUACUAUAAGCUACAUAAGCUACUACGUUUACUAAGGAAUAAAACACGAUGGGGUGUGCUGUCACAGAAACAAUAAUAAUCAACAAAAUCACCACCUGGAAGUAGAUGGUUUUCCAUUAAUGUUUUAUUCCUCUUACGCCACAGCAAUUUGUCACCACUUACAAUUUUUAAAUGAUUAAUAAACAUGGUACGUUUUAUCAUAUUACGUUUUAUUGUAUUUACGUCUAUAGGAUGCUGUGGAACAUCUAAGAAAAAAAUCAGUUUCUGUUAUCAUUUAUGUUAUAGAAGCUAUAAACAGACAUUCCCUCACCAACCUCUUAUUUUGUCUGACUUGAAGUAUCAACAACAAUAACAACAACAAUAACAAACGCAGCUUGUCAUGUUACAGAGAAACGGAAAAGUGCAAAGUUCUCUGUCCCGAAGAUUUUCCUGAAGUUAAAAAACUUACUAAAUUUUACAAAGCAUUACAAACUGGAAACACUUUACAAAGAAAAAGUUAAAUAAACGUCGCCUUACAGAAAUCUUGACCAUACCAAUGAUUAAAUGUUUUUCUUUGUUAAAUAAUAGACUGCCAUACAAGUAUCUGCGCAAGUUGUUACUAUAGAAACGAUAACGUAUUAAAACCAACGCAUUAAUAUAAACCUGUAAUUUGAUUGCAACUGCUGCUGUAGAAAAUGAAUCAACAGCUUCCAACCAAUCACAAUCCAUAAUUCAACAGCGCUUCCAAUAUAAAUCUAGCCUACAUUUUGGAGGCGGGGCCCAGAUGUUGUUUUGUUAAACCUCACUAAUGUAUACUCGACCACCAGGUAGCUAAUUUAUUAAUAUUUAUUAGAUAGACUUCCAUGAAUUGUUUUGCCUUGUAGCUUCAGUGCAUGACUAAAAAAAGCAAACAGGUCUUAGCUAAUCAACUAUAUUUGGGGGUAAAAGGGAAAAUUGUGUAAAUUCGAUUUUUGUGCCACACCAUACCUCUAAAUGAACAGAAAAGUAACAAUUAUAUAGCACUUACGGAGAGACCUCACUUUACACAAAAUACAGAUCAUAUAUAAAUUAGAAACUAACUGUGAUAACUGUGACUAAUUUAGAUGUAUUUAUUACCAAAAUUGUGUUUAUGAAAUAUGCCUAUAUAGUGUUUGUAUGAUUAGAAUCUUUUGUAUUUUUGUAUUUUAGAACGAAAGAGCGUGCUGAAAACCUGAAAAAUACGAAAUAAUCAAAAGUUUGAAAAAAGGGUAACCUGUGGAGUGAGUUGUGCUUAUUUUCAGGACGAGUGUUACAGAAAGUUAACAUGCUAUAUUCAGAGUUAAUCUUCAGAGUAUAUUCUAAUAAUUCUAAUGAUGAGUAACAACCGAGUGCACAAGAAUCUGAAUGAUAAAGUGAUAAAACCCUAUUUUUACAAACCCCAGCCAUUUCAGUUCUCUUUUUAAAUCAUUAAUAAUUGGAAUGGUUUCUGAUUUUUAAUUCAAAUUUUAUUUAUGCUUGGAUCUUGCUUAAAAAAACACAAGAUAAAGGCGUUUUAUGUGUAAACGAGAUAAAGACAAUCAGAGCUGGUUUAGACGUGAUUGUACAUGUAUUUUACACACUAUAAGAUGCAUACAGAAAGCUCCGCCCACUUUUUGUCUCAGCAUUUGUGGCAUAGUUGUAGAAAUUACAUUAAAGUUAUUUUUAUUUUAUGUUCCUAUGUUGUUGUAGUCUAGUAAAGUUUUUGUCCCAUUAUUGUUGCCGUACUUCAGGGCUGUAUGGUUUUUGUUAGUUUUUGUGUUGCCAUAUUUCAGGGCAGCACUCUUUUUAUCUCAUUAGUGUUGCUGUAAUUAAGGUCUGUAUUGUUUUUGUCUCAUUAUUUUUGCCCUAUUUCAGGGCAGUAUUGUUUUUUCCCAUUAGAAUUGCCAUAGUUAAGGUCUGUGUUCAUUUUUUUCCCAUUUGUUUUGCUGCCUUGUUGCUUUUUGUCCCUUUAGUGUUGCCACGCCAGUAGUUUUUCUCCCAUUAGUUUCACCUUAGUUCAGGGCAGUAUUGUGUUUGUCCCAAUAGUUUUGACUUCCUGUUAUUUUUUUGUCCUGUUAGGGUUGCUGUACUUAAAGGACUUUGUUGUUUUUUGUUCUAAUAGUGAUGCCACCCUGUUAGUUUUUGUCCCAUUAGUGUUGCCAUAGUGAAGGUCUGUAUUGUUUUAUUCCCAUUAGUGUUGCUGCCCUUUUUGUCCUGUUAGUGUUACUGUAGUUAAGGGGUAUAUUCUUUUUGUCUUAUUACUUUUCCUGCCCCAUUAUUUUUUGUUCCGUUAGUGUUGCCACACUUCAGAGCUGUAUUGUUUUUAUCCCAUUAGUAUUGCUGCCUUGUUACUUUUUGUCCCUUUAGUAUUGCUGUACUGGUCUGGAUUGUUUUACUCCCAUUAGGUUUGCUGCACUGUUACUUUUGUUCUGUUAGUGUUGCCAUAAUUAAGGCCUGUAUUGUUUUUGUCUCAUUAAAGUUGCUGUAGUUAAGGGCUGUAUUACUUUUGGCUCAUUAGUUUUGCCUCCUUGUUACUUUUUUCCUGUUAGUGUUGCCAACCCAUUCGCUUUUGUCCCAUUUGUUUUUAUCCUGUUAGUUUUGCUGUACUUGGCCUGUCAUUUUUCUUCCAUUAGCUGCCCUAUUUGUUUUUGUCCAUUUUAUUUAAACCUAAACCUUUGAUACAAUCCUGAUAUUAAUCUACAAGAAAUGCAUCUCUCCAAUUUUUAUGUUUUGCUAGCAGUAGUGUACCUUUAAAUAACCUUCCAAUAACUGUAUCAUAACUCUUGGAUUAGCAGAGCUACCAGAAACCCAUUAAAGCUUAUACGUACAAAAGACAAAUAAACAUUGUUUUGCGUCUUAGAGUUUGGAAAAUACCAUGAAUGAGACUUACUAAAUGAUUUAUAAUUGCAGUGGACCCAUAGUCGUUGCUGCUAGUCCUGCUAAAGUGGAUUUUACAAAACUAUCGACUGAGACACCGAGCCAGUUUGAUUCACCUUUGAAAAUGUGGCCACUGGCAUAAAUAAAGAUACUUUCUUUUGUAUGCAUUGCACUUUAAAAAAAAAAAAGGUUUAAUUCUUGGGUACUAGCCAACAAAAAUCACCAGUGCAUGACACAGAAGCACAGUUCUCUUGGCUCUUCAAUCUGCUUGUCUGCAAAAUAUAAUGUCGCGGAUAAAGCACAUGUAGGGGUCUCAGAAUGAAAGUGUGAAAAAAAUGUUAACUGUACAUAGACUGUGCUAAUCUAGUGUACUAAUUUAGUGACUUUGUAUGUAAGAUUUUUAAAAAAAAUAAAUAUUAAUAACAAGAUGUUAGUGAGAAAACAAUCCGAGCUCACACAAAAUUCGUAAGAUUUCUAACAAGCGAAGGCAAUUCAUUUCAUUUGGAUGAAGUUUUACACCCACAUGCUUUGAAUCCUUACCUUAUCCAUUCGGCACUUUUCAUACAAGGCGGCUCAAGUGAAUUCUUACGAAUUUUGCCGCUGUGAGACCACGUUGGCGAAACUGCAUGUACAGUAUAUCUGAAGUCUGCAUGCAGAAGCAACUCUGUAAGCUGUUUUUGAGUGUAAAAUAGAAAUGAAUUCUGUAUAAAAAAGAUAUUUUUUUGUUAAAGAUAGUAUCAUUCUGUAUGUGUCGGUGGGCUGAUCUCACUCGCUUUACUGUUGUCUGUAACCUUGUAACUAAAACAAUUGUUAAAAACUGACAAACCACGAGCGAUUUACUGUAUUUCGCUAGCUAGGAGAUAUCCAGUAGCUCAUCCAUGUUAAAGAAUGUGUCGAGUGUUUACAAAAUAACCAUGUGAUUAUAACAAUAAUGACUGAAUGCACAUUUUGACCAAUACGAAUACAGCUGUAUGGAGAAAUUAUAAUGCUGCUCUUGUGGGGGAAAAAAAUUAAACUUAUGUACCAGAGACUGUUGGUUUUGUAUAUUACUGUUGUGUUUUUGUGAGUAUUAAAGUGUUCAAUCUUGUA